GCUUUGAAAGGUUGAUACAGAGACCAUUUCAUCCGUGUCUACUAGAAAAGUCAAGCAGUACUGGUGAGUAUUGUAAGCUAAGAUAUAGGUGACUGGUACCACGCUAAGAUAAACAAUCUUGAAUACGCAACGCAACAUACAUGAGCAAAAGAACAGGUAUCAUUUUACUAAAAAGUUUUGCUAGAGCAAAAGAGACCACGUCUGAAUAGUUAGUUGGCAGAGUAAAAACGAUUAAAUUUAAAGUUGGUGUAGCUUUGAAGAGUUCAUAAAGGUAACUGCGUAUACUACGUAGUUUCAUCAGCAGGUUCUCUACCACACCCGGAGACCAAUUCUUCUGUUGGUCGGCUCAACUUGACUGGUUCAGUCUCUCACAAGUUCACGCUGCCGCGUGCUGUGGCUAUAUAAGCACAUCCAUCUCCCUCCAUAGCGAACCAUCAGCAAAACAAACACACCCACCUGUGCUCAAUUAACCAAAUGGCCACCUCCUCUUACUUCCUUAUAUCAGUUUUUCUAGCAUUGGUGGCCUCUCAGGUCAUUGCUUCUGAUCCUAGCCCGCUCCAGGACUUUUGUGUUGCCGACCUGCACUGUCCUGUGAAGGUGAAUGGAUUCGUGUGCAAGGACCCUAUGGUUGUUAGUGCAGACGACUUCUUCAAGGCAGCCAACCUUGACAAGCCUAGGGACACCAUGAAGAGCAAGGUGGGGUCUAAUGUCACUUUGAUCAAUGUCAUGCAGCUCCCUGGCCUCAACACUCUUGGCAUCUCUCUGGCCCGUAUAGAUUAUGCUCCCUUAGGUGAGAACCCACCGCACACCCACCCACGUGCCACUGAGAUCCUCACGGUGCUUGAAGGCACCCUGUACGUCGGGUUUGUCACCUCCAACCCAAACAAACUCUUCGCCAAGGUUCUCAACAAGGGUGAUGUGUUUCUAUUCCCCGAAGGGCUCAUCCAUUUCCAGUUCAACCCCGUCUAUGACAAGCCAGCGGUUGCUAUUGCUGCACUCAGCAGCCAAAACCCUGGGGUCAUUACCAUUGCCAACGCAGUGUUUGGAUCAAAGCCGCCAAUCUCUGAUGAUGUUUUGGCCAAGGCAUUCCAAGUGGAGAAGGGGACAAUCGAUUGGCUCCAGGCUCAGUUCUGGGAGAACAAUCACUACUAAAAACUAUAACACGUGAGGUGAUGCAUAUCUUGAAUCUUCGGUCGGGAAGUGCAUAUGUGUUUAAUCUUUAUGUAACAAACAACAAAAGCAAAUGGUGUGUAUCCAGUCGUAUACCAAGUAUGUUUAAGGCCCUCAAAUCACUUUAAAAAUUAGAGUUUGUAUUAAAAUAAUGUUGUAUGAUGUACUACUGAGUAUUCCUUUACAUUAACAAAGUGGUAAGUUGCAU